GCAGUCUCCCCGGGUGUUGGUCCCCUACGUCUGAGCAGACUGAUAUCUAUCUCACUUGUUCAUUAGCAGGACCCUUGACCAAACCAAUAUCUUCCAGGCCCUCACUCAGCAGUCAGUGAAGAGAUCCGCCCGGCAGCAUCUCAGGAGCGCCUUCAGCAGCACCGUGCGUAAAAAGAUUCAGAAGCGCACAGAGGAUGCAUCCAAGCUCAACCACCUCGACUCCAUUUUCCGUGAAGGACAUUUUAAAGCUCGACUACCAGCAGAAUGAGUAUGAGCAUGAUCUUCAGAUGAAUGAUCAGGUUGUACCGAUGCAUCAACAUCAGCUUGUGUGUUCUGCGUCAAACAUCGACGGGUUUUACGAUUCCCAAUCUAAGAGGUGCGUCUCUAGGCUGCAGGAGAAGCUCGAUGCGCACAGAUCAGCAGCAGCAGAGGAGAUGAUUGAAAAAGAUGUGCGCGGUCCGGACUCAUCACCUGACUGUAACCGUGACCCUAGAGGCGCAAACAGGCUGCGCAGGAAGCCCCGGGUCCUCUUCUCUCAGUCCCAGGUGUCCGAGCUGGAGAGGCACUUCAGGCAGCAGCGCUAUCUGUCCGCCCCGGAGAGGGAACAGCUGGCCCAGACUCUCAGACUCACCUCCACUCAGGUCAAAAUCUGGUUUCAGAACCGGAGGUACAAAUGCAAGCGGCAGAGGCAGGACAGGUCUCUGGAGCUAGCCGGGUUCCCACCGGCACCGAGGCGCGUUGCUGUGCCAGUUCUGGUGCGGGACGGGAAGAUCUGUGGCGGUGCUCCGCAUCUCUCCGAGCCAUACAACGUGAUUUCAGGACACUAUAACCCAGCUAUCGGAUGCGGAAGCAGCAACCUGUAUGGCUACAGUUUCCACGGCGUGUCCACCAUCAGCAACCAGAUGACAGAUUCAAUUGAGUCAGAGGGGCUGAUUCACCAUUUUCAUGGGUUCUUUGCAGGGUGUUAAAGGCUGGUUAUUAAAUGUAAACAUAUGUCUACUUUUUUGUUUUAUAUUUGCCAUCUAUGA